CUGGCAUCCUUCCUGAAGGCUGGCUGGUGGAAACCCUGCAGGCUUCACGGACCUACCAUAGCCUGUAUGCUGAGGGAGCCAUGUUGAUGCCUGCUGGUUUUGUGUCAACCGUUUCAUAUUGGAUGGUUACAGAACUGCGUAUCAAGGACCGGGAGCCUCAACGGUGAUUCCAGCGCCGCGAUGAAACGAGGAGAGCGGUGUGGGGAGGUCCAGGGAGCGGCCGAGGAGACCAGGUCUUAGGUCUUAGGUCACUCUGUGGAUAGAAAACAAGUGGACGAUAUUAGCCUGGGAGCUAGGUAGCAUCAGCUGUGCGGACGCUGCGUGGGAAGCGGCGUGUGGACUAAAACACAAUCAUCUGUGCUUCUUCAUUUAGUGGAGAUAAAGUUAGCUACAGGACUCGGAAAGGAAACGACGAGGCUUCAGGGUUUGAGUUGAUCUUUGAAGAGUAAGCUAGCUGCUGGCUAACGCUAGCUCCCGUCUGUAGUCACGACUAACAUUUGGCUAGCUGACUGGAGUCUAACUGAUCGACACUUUCAGACAGUUGUGGAGCUCCGUGCUGUGUGAGAACCGACCGAGUGGAGAUAUGGCGACACAUCCAGCCUCUGCAAAGCUAUCAAUCCGCCUGCCCAGCUUGCCAAGGAGCGGCUAACGGGCUAGCAGCAUAACUUUCCUCUCACCGUGUUGUCCCCCCCUCACAAAGCUGCAGAGCCCCACUUCCUUCACCGAACAUCUCGUACCUGAAGCAAGCUGGCGGCCCUCCGUGUAGAAGCCGAGGACAAGGAGCUGGGGCCGAUGGCCUGGGUGCUGAAGAUGGACGACGCCUCCAUCGAGUCGGGGCUGGUGCACGACUUUGAUGCCAGCCUGUCCGGCAUCGGGCAGGAGCUGGGGGCUGGAGCCUACAGCAUGAGCGAUGUGCUGGCUCUGCCAAUCUUUAAGCAGGAGGACAGCAGCCUUCCUCCUGAGACCGAGACCAAAAACCCCCCAUUCCAGUAUGUGCUGUGUGCCGCCACCUCACCUGCUGUCAAGCUGCACGACGAGACGCUCACAUACCUGAACCAAGGCCAGUCUUACGAGGUGCGUAUGUUGGACAACAGGAAUCCAGGGGAGCUGCCGGAGCUCACAAACAAGAUGGCAAAGAGCAUAGUUCGGGUGGUGUUUCAUGACCGCCGGCUGCAGUACACAGAGCACCAGCAGCUGGAAGGCUGGAAGUGGAACCGUCCAGGCGACCGUCUACUUGACAUCGAUAUCCCCAUGUCAGUGGGCAUUAUUGAGCCAAAGACCCACCCCUCCCAGCUGAACGCAGCAGAGUUCUUGUGGGACUUAAACAAAAGGACCUCUGUUUUUGUGCAGGUGCACUGCAUCAGCACAGAGUUCACUCCCAGAAAGCACGGUGGAGAGAAGGGCGUCCCCUUCAGGAUCCAGGUUGACACGUUUGCCCUGGGAGAGGGAGGAGAGUACACAGAGCACCUCCACUCUGCCUCCUGCCAAAUCAAAGUCUUUAAGCCAAAGGGGGCGGACCGUAAGCAGAAGACGGACAGGGAGAAGAUGGAGAAACGCACACCUCAAGAGAAGGAAAAGUACCAGCCUUCUUAUGAUACCACUAUCCUGUCAGAGACAAGACUUGAACCCAUCAUAGAGGAUGCGGGCGACCACGAGCUGAAAAAGUCCAGCAAGCGGACACUUCCCGCUGACUGUGGCGACUCCCUGGCCAAGAGAGGCAGUUGCUCCCCAUGGCCGGAUAACGCCUACGUCAGCACCAACCAGGCAGCUACUCCCUCAUUCAGCUCAGCCCCGCUCUCCACCUACACAACCUCCUCAGUACCAGACAGUGAUUCGUCCUCACCCAAUCACCAGGAAGGCCCUGGCAACCAUGGCAACUCGGAGCAGCUGAGCCCCACUGCCUCCAUACAGGAUUCACAGAAGUGGCUGCUGAAAAACCGCUUCAACUCCUACACACGGCUCUUCUCUCACUUCUCAGGUUCUGAUUUGUUGAAGCUAACCCGGGACGACCUGGUCCAGAUUUGCGGGCCGGCAGAUGGUAUCAGACUCUUCAAUGCACUUAAAUCCAGGUCAGUGCGCCCCAGGUUGACUGUGUACGUUUGUCAGGAGUCCCCUCGAGAGAGCCCCCUGCUGGAGAGACAAAGCACCAAUGAAAAUGGAGAACAUAGUGUUUCCUCAAACUUACAAGUGUAUCAUGCUCUGUACUUAGAGGAUCUCACAGCUGCAGAACUUAUCCGCAAGAUGGCAAGUGUGUGCAGCCUUCCACUGGGGAAGAUCAACCAGGUGUACAGACAGGGUCCCACAGGCAUACACAUCCUGCUCAGUGACCAGAUGGUUUACAACUUGCCUGAUGAGAGCUGUUUUUUGAUCUGCACUGUCAAAGAUGAACUGAGCGAAGGACUCCAUCUAAUCCUGAAGUAGUGCGGAGGACAGAUGGCAUCACUAAUACUCCACCCUCUGUUUUGGAGCAGAAGCCUCCUCUCCGUCCCUCCCUUGCCUGCCUCCACUCUUUCCUCAUACUUCCACUCCAGUUCUCUCUUGAACGCUCGCUCGAUGGAAAGCAGAGAGACUGCGCUAAAAGCCAUGUAAAUGUUAGAAUCUGACAUGGGUGUGUCCACUGUUUCAUAUUGAAAACACUAUUAAUGGAGCAGUUUUAGUUAAAAGAGGGGAGACUGGAGGAGGAUGUGGAAGAAAUAUAAUGAUGUUGUAUGUAUUUUGAUUUUAAUAUUUUAUUUUUUGUCUUUUAUAUGGUUUCCGCGGGUGAAGGGAGGGGGGGAGGCUCCAGGAGGGAGGGGAGAGAGGUGUUCUGGCUUGAAGAAAGGAAUACAAAAGAAAGCAGAGUUUCCUUUUUGCCCGUUGCCCUUCCUACACAACGCGCACAACCAGCAUUAGGCCAGUAUUUGAUAACCUGUACUGCUGAACAGCAUGCAAUCUCAACAUACUAACCUGCUUCAAGGAGAAACCCAACUUACUCUGCUUGUGUAACAUUCUCGACGAGGGUUGUCUUAAUAAAUCAUUUAUUGAACGGCUGAGCUCAGAAACCCCUGAAAUACUCGUGACAAAUUUGUGGAAGUUGACACUUUUGAUUUUGUUUUCUUGGAAUUUGUCAAAGACUGAUUUCAUAAACUCAUUUAGAGUCCAGCCAUAUCUCUCUGUCUCUCUACGUGCAUCCUGUUUGGCCUGCACUUUUUACUGUUAUUAGUUGAUGCUUUAUUUAUGGAUCAGCUGUGUUUGUUGCUCUCAUUGUAUUUCCUUGUUUCUGGUGCCAUAUUGGCUUUUUUAACUCCUGGUCUGUUGCUCACAUUCACAAACACAGCACACACGCACCUCAUCUUUGACUCCUCUGCUUUUUGUGCUGAUUUUGAGACACUAGUAUUGCUGGCUUUCAAGACACUUCUAGGAUUUUGGCCAUAAAAGUCAAAAAAGAGGAACAACCCUCUGAAAACGACUGUAAAACGGAGCAGGAGUGCCUAUCCAAAAACCUACUCUGACGUGGACCAAACAGGUUUCAGAUUGAAAGGCAUCAUCUGAGGAAGAAGCCUCACUGGCCUUGUUCAUCUUGGUCACUAGAAGUGUUCAUAGAACUGGUCAGAUGGCAAAUCAAACCCUCAUCUACUAGAGUUGCUUGUUCUCUGCAUGUACAUCCACCCUUCAUUCCAGGACCUUCUCUGCAAGAAACAACCCACCACACAGCAGACUGGUAGUAACGUAUCACUCGAUAACCUGGUUUUAAUAGUCUUAAACUGUGGACUAGAAAAUCAUGGCAGCUCCACCUCUUUCUUCAAAAUGUCUUGUUAAAUGUAGCUUCAAGAGGAAGUGUGAGGUGUGUUUUCCGGCGCCAUUACUUUGAAAAGUUACAGGAAGUCUCACACAGGUCCUGGGAGUCCCUGUUGUGUUUUUGAUUUUGGUGCACGAUAUCUGACAAUAUUAAAAGUGCAUAGAGUUUGCACGACUGUGUCAGAUGGUGUGUGUGUGCAUGUGUAUCAUUUCUCAUUCUUUGAUUUUCUCAGUAGUCGUCAAACUUUUUCUGUUGGUAUGAUGUAACUGUUUAGCCUGACAUAAAGCAAAGAGCAUGUGGAAGAUGGAGAAACAGGAGGGAUGAUCUAGUUGCUGAGUGUGACCCUUCCUUAUUUUCCAGAUCUUAGAGACCAAGUCUGCACUGAAAAUCACAAAGCUCCAGCUCAAUGUGUAGUCAAUAGUCCUACGGCCAAAACCUCUUAUUCACCACUUACAAGAAGGAGAACAAAAGAAACUGAAAUAAAAGACUAAAAGGUGUCUGUUCUUGUCUCGCUGCGCGCCAGAGCCAGGACUGUAGCUCUUGUGAUGUUUACAAGGCAAAGUUAACUGUGUUCAUAGACUCAAAGAUUUAGCAAGUGAUAGAGCGGAUGUGAAACCAAGUUUUGGUCCCCUGAAAGCCUGAUCCAGCCGUCUGUGUGUAUGCUUGACUGUGUGUGAGUGAGAGCAGGAGAGGUGACCACCUUCAUGUACAGCCUAAUGUCAAUGAUGAUGCUUCUCAUGUGCACAGUAUCGUAUGCUGGAGAUGUACACAACCACAUGUGCUGGGAAUAAAUGAUUUCAUAACUUUC